AUGGCGCCGGAACCGUGCGACGGGAAGCUCACGGCGGCGCCCAAGAAGCGUGGGUACGUGACUUUCCUCGCCGGCGGGGGCGACUACGUGAAGGGGGUGGUGGGGCUGGCCAAGGGCCUGCGAAGGGUGAAGAGCGCCUACCCGCUGGUGGUGGCCGUGCUUCCCGAUGUCCCCCAGGAGCACCGCCUGCUCCUUCUCUCGCAGGGCUGCAUCGUCCGCGAGGUCGAACCCAUUUACCCUCCCGAGAACCAGGUCCAGUUCGCCAUGGCCUACUACGUGAUCAACUACUCCAAGAUGCGUGUCUUCGAGGUUGGAUCAAUACUAAUGUUUAAAUUUUUUCGACAAAGUUCUAUUUUUUUUGCACCAGGUUUGAGUGAAGUUGAUCUCCUGUUUUCUGUUGUUCUUCUUUUUUGUUGGGUGACAGUUCGAGGACUUCAGCAAGAUGGUCUUCUUGGACGCGGAUAUCCAGGUCUUCAGCAACGUCGACCACCUCUUCGACACCCCCGACGGCCGCUUCUACGCAGUGAUGGACUGCUUCUGCGAGAAGUCGUGGAGCUACUCCCCGCAGUACGCCAUCGGCUACUGCCAGCAAUGCCCGGAGAGGGUCCGCUGGCCGCCGGAGCUCGGCCCCCCGCCGUCCCGCUACUUCAACUCUGGCAUGUUCGUCUUCGAGCCCAGCCGCGCCACCUCCCGCAGCAUCAUCGAAGCCCUUCGCAUCAUCCCUGUCACUCCAUUCGCAGAGCAGGUGGGUCUCCCCUUUGCCCCCUUUUUCUCCUUCGAGAGGACAAACGCAGACGCUAAAGAAUCCGCCUCUCGCCAUGGCAGGACUUCAUGAACAUCUUCUUUGAGAAGAUUUACGAGCCGCUCCCCCUCGACUACAACCUGAUCCUCGCCAUGCUCUGGCGCCACCCGGAUAACUUCAACUUCGACGAAGUCAAGAUCUUUCACUACUGCGCCGCCGUGAGCCCCCUCUCUCUCCCCCAAAACUCCCCGUUUCCUCUUCCCUGGUAGCCGCUCAUGCUCGCCUCCUUUUCUCCUCGCUUGUUAGGGUUCCAAGCCAUGGAGGUACACGGGGAAGGAGGUGAACAUGGACAGAGAGGACGUCCAGAUGCUCGUCGCCGAGUGGUGGAAGAUCUACAACGACGAGUCGCUCGACUUCACGCGGGAGGGCGGCGCUCUGGAAGCGCAACCCGUCACAGCUAGGCCCGCCGCCGUGCCGGUGGCCAUAGAACUCACUGGCAGCAUCGUACCCGCCGCCUGUUAG